AAUCGUUUCCGUCUUCGUUCACACCAAACAUCCUAAGCCAGUAGAAGCAGUUGGGGAUUUUUUUGGGGAUGCGUUGACGCCAUGCGAACGGCGCCGGCGGAGAUAAUGCGGGACGAGAUGGCGGUGCAAUGGUCGGGGGUGAUGGAGUACACGAAGGCUGCGCAAGAAAAGGGAACGGAUGCGGUGGAUUGGGCAGUGCAGCUCUCGGCAGCUCUGGCCUCGGCAGGUGUGGCGUCGCCGUCGCCGGAGCUUGCUCAAGUGUUGGUCUCCUACUUGUGCUGGGCCAACGACGUCCCUCUCGCCUGGAAGUACAUCGAGAAGGCACUCUCAGCCGGUCUCGUACCUCCUAUGGUCCUCCUCGCCUUCCUCUCUUCUAGGGUAAUCCCAACUCGGCAUUCUAGACCAGCUGCAUAUAGGCUUUAUUUGGAGAUCUUGUGGAGACAUGCAUUUUCUUAUGCAUCUCAAGUUCGAGUAUCGAAUUUCAAAAAGAUCAUGUUGUCCAUAGAGGAUUCUCUUCACCUUUCUGAAAAAUUCGGCGUGCAAGCAUCUGAACCAGGGUUGCUGGUGAUUGAAUUUAUCUUUUACAUUGUAUUGCAGUUACUAGAUGCAACAUUAGAUGAUGAAGGGUUGUUAGAACUGACACCAGAGAAGAAGUUUAGAUGGCCCAUUAGAGCAGAGGAUAUGGAUAUAGAUGGAGAACCCUAUUGUCAAAGGAAUGGAUAUGGUGAAAAGCUGCAAAAAAUAAAUAGCAUGAAGGCUACUGAAUUGAUCAUACAAUUCUUUCAGCAUAAAGAAAUUUCGAAGCUUCUUUCAUUGGCCCGCGAAAACAUGCCGACCCACUGGGGAUCUUUUAGUCAGCGGUUACACUUGCUCUCCACAAAUUCAUCAACAUUGCAAAAUUCAUCAGUACUACGAGAAACUCUGCAGCAGUUGCUACUUGAUGGCUUUGGCAGAUCAUGCAAAUCUGGCAGACACGUAGAAUUUUGUGCAGUUAUUGCUCCUGGGUGUAUGGCAUCUCCAGGUGGUCACUGUCAUGGGGCAACUCGUUCUUCCCUUUGGAUUCCCAUAGAUCUCUAUCUUGAGGAUUGCAUAGAUGGUUCAGUUGCAGCAACCAAUGCCAUCGAAAUUCUUAGUGGUUUAGUGAAGACCCUUAAAGCUGUUAAUGGGACUACCUGGCACGAUACUUUCUUAGGUCUUUGGAUGGCCUCUCUUCGACUCGUGCAAAGAGAAAGAGAACCUCAUGAAGGCCCUGUACCUCGGCUUGAUCCGCGUUUGUGCAUUUUGCUUUCAAUUACAACACUAGCAAUUGCUGAUAUUAUUAAAGAAGAAGAAGCUGAAAUAGUUGAUGAAGUGGAACAUAGUAACCAAUGGAAAUCAAAAGCAGUGGGCGGAAAAUGUCGUCAAGAUUUAGUCUCCUGUUUGCAGAUACUUGGUGAUUAUGAAAGCCUGUUGGCUCCUCCUCCAUUAUUUAUCUCUGCUGCCAAUCAGGCUGCAGCAAAAGCUAUGAUGUUUUUGUCAGGUCUUCCAAUUGGAAGUGGAUAUUUAGAGUGCCCCAACAUAAAUGACAAUGCAAUUAAUUUAUCUGGAAAUCUGUGGCACUUGAUUAUUGAGUCCUGUAUUUCACGGAAAUUAGUGGAUACAUCAGCUUACUUUUGGCCUGGUUAUGUAAGUGGAAAGAUGAAACCAAUGCCUCAUUCCUUACCCGGCCAGGUUCCUGGGUGGUCCACAUUAAUGAAAGGAGCUCCCUUAACACCUUCGCUGGUAAAUUCUUUGGCCAGAAGUCCUGCUUCAAGUUUAGCAGAGCUUGAGAAGAUCUUUGAAGUUGCAAUUAAUGGAUCAGAUGAUGACAAAGUAUCUGCAGCCUUCAUUAUUUGUUCAGCAUCUCUUAUCCGUGGAUGGGGUAUCCAGGAACACACAGUCCGCUUUGUUGUAAAACUGCUCUCACCGCCCGUCCCUGUUGAUUAUUCUGGAACUGAUAGUCAUCUCAUUUGUCAUGGUCUUAUGAUGAAUGUUGUCCUUACAGGAAUAUCAUCUGUGGACUGUGUUCAAAUUUUCUCUUUUCAUGGUCUGGUUCCAGAGCUUGCAGGGGCAUUGAUGGCUAUAUGUGAGGUUUUUGGGGCUUGUGUUCCAAACAUUACUUGGACAACAUCUGGCGAAGAAAUUACUGCUCAUUCGGUCUUCUCGAAUGCAUUUAUUCUUCUAUUGAGAUUAUGGAAGUUCAACCAUCCUCCGCUAGAGUAUUGUAUCAUGGGUGAUGGAGCUCCUGUUGGGUCACAGCUGACUCCAGAAUACCUUCUAUUGUUGCGCAAUGCAAGUCUACUUUCUUCUUGCAAUUCAACCAAAAAACGUGAUGGCAACAGUCUAUUGUCAACAACAUGCUCGUCAUUACCACAACCUAUUUUUGUUGAUUCUUUUCCAAAGUUGAAAGUUUGGUACAGACAACAUCAGGCAUGUUUAGCAUCAACUCUUUCUGGCCUAGUUCAUGGAACUCCAGUUCAUCAAAAUGUAGAUGGCCUUUUAAACAUGAUGUUUAGGAAGAUUAACAAAGGAAAUAACCAAUCAGUUGGCCCUGGAACAUCUGGAAGCAGUUUAAGCAAUUCUUCUGGUCCUGGAAGUGAAGAUUACCAUGUUAAGCCAAUGCUACCAGCAUGGGACAUCAUGGAAGCUGUUCCUUUUGUUGUUGAUGCUGCUUUGAGUGCUUGUUCGCAUGGUAGACUCUUCCCGCGUGAGCUGGCAACUGGCCUCAAGGACUUGGCUGAUUUCCUACCGGCAUCUCUUGCGACUAUCGUAAGCUACUUUUCUGCUGAAGUAACUCGUGGAGUCUGGAAACCUGCUUUCAUGAAUGGCACUGAUUGGCCUAGUCCUGCUGCAAACCUAUCAACUGUCGAAGAACACAUCAAGAAAAUUGUGGCUGCUACCGGUGUUGAUGUUCCAAGCCUUGUUGCUGGAGGAAUCUCCCAAGCAACACUUCCAUUACCUCUGGCAGCUUUUGUAAGCCUCACCAUAACAUACAAGCUUGACAAAGCAUCUGAACGGUUCCUCAACCUUGCCGGACCUGCUUUGGAGAAUCUUGCUGCGAGCUGCCCGUGGCCAAGCAUGCCAAUUGUUGCAGCCUUGUGGACUCAAAAAGUUAAGCGCUGGAGCGACUUCCUCGUCUUCUCCGCCUCCAGAACCGUCUUUCAUCACAACAAUGACGCCAUCGUACAGCUCCUUCGCAGUUGCUUCACCGCAACACUUGGCCUCUCCGGCGACCAUAUGUCAAGCAAUGGCAGUGUCGGCAGGCUUCUCGGUCAUGGAUUUGGCUCUCAUUUCUGCGGCGGUCUUUCACCGGUCGCCCCCGGAAUUCUAUAUCUUCGUGUCUACCGUUGCAUAAAAGACAUUGUUCUUCUAACCGAAGACAUCCUAUCUAUCAUGAUGCAAUCAGUCAAAGAGAUUGCAGACACUGUUGUAUCGAAAGAGAAGAUUGAGAAGCUGAAGAAAACCAAGCAUGGACAACGAUAUGGCCAGGUAUCAUUAGCCACUGCCAUGACAAGAGUGAAAGUGGCUGCGAAUCUUGGUGCUACUUUUGUGUGGCUAUCAGGAGGAUCAGGUCUAAUACAAGGCCUUUUCCAAGAAAUGCUUCCAUCUUGGUUCCUGUCUGCUCAUGAGUUGGAUAAAGAAGGAAGCAGUGGAGGUUUAGUCUACAUUCUGGGAGGCCAUGCUCUAGCCUACUUCACUUUGCUCUGUGGCAUGUUUGCAUGGGGAAUCGAUACGACUUCGCCGUCGAAGCGAAGGCCGAGGGUUGUCGAAGCUCACAUGGAAUUCCUGGCAAGUGCACUGGAUGGGAAGAUCUCACUUGGCUGUGAUUUGGCGCUAUGGCGCGCUUAUGUGUCUGGGUUUUUGGGGUUGGUGGUGGAGUGCGCGGCGAGUUGGGUGAUGGAAGUGAAUCUGGGGGUGGUGAAGCGGCUGAGCAGAGGCCUGAGGAAGUGGAAUCAGGAUGAUCUUGCUCUUGCUCUUCUAAGAAAGCGAGGCGUUGAGGCCAUGGGAGCUGCUGCAGAGGUGAUUCUUGCCUGUCAAUGGUGACUGUAGAUAGAGGUAAUUAAGUACUUUGCUGUCUCAUUUUGUUGUAAAUUUUAUUUAGUCUAUUUAGGGGGUAAAUUAAGCUUUGGAUUUU